AUGGUGGAUGCAAGAGGAAGCAAUGUGGGCACCAACAACGGAGCAGCCGGAGCCAACACAGCCGCUGGCAAAACAGCCACCGCCGUCGCCGCAGCCGCCAUUGCCGUUGGCGCCGCCGCCGACUCGACCACCGCCGCCGUUGCCGUUGACGCCGCCGCCACGACAGCCACCGCCACAACGACAGUCGCCGCCGCCGACGCAGUCAACGGCACCGACACCACCACGGAUGACGCCAGCGCCGCUGCUGACACUUCCGCGGCCGACGAUGGCGCCGCUGCCGACGCCACCACGGCCGACGCGCGCGCCGUCAACGCCACCUCCGCAUCCUCGCACGCCGACACCACCACCCCACGAGGGGGAAUGCCCACGGUAUGA